AUGUCCGUUUUGCUUCCGCCCACUCACGGCCUGACCCGAGCGAAUACUCCUGCUUCUUCGUCACUACUACCACUACAUUGUCAGAUGUCACACUUGAUCAAGGAGUGCCACCUUGUAGCAUCUGAGAGUCUACAUCAGUCCCAACUACUUGAUCAGAAGCAAGAAGAGCUAUCGAAGCGAAUUGUCGUGUCUAGCGAUAUGUCGGGGUCGAGUAGGAUUGCUACGCAGUAUGCAUCCGCAGCGAAUGUACCGCUCAUAAAGGCACCUACCUUGUGGCUGCCGCGACCAAUCACCAUGCCAGACGAUGUACAUCCGCUUCCGGACGAUAUUGGGGCAUAUUUCGUUUACCCUUUCACGCUGGAGCCGCAUAUCCUCGCUCAGACUCCUCCUAUCCACGAGCGGAUCAAGACACAACGGAUCGAGAAUGAGAAAGUCCUUGAAGAGCGCAUAGAGCGUGCCAAAAGAGAGAAGGUCGAGGAGAUGAACCGAAUAGCUCCAGGGUGGAAUCCAGCUUCCUUUUUAACACCACAGCAUCUACAAGCUUCGCCUGUGUCUCCUGCAGAGGAUAAACCCACGACCGUAUCCGAGAGCAAACCGCAGGCAGAAGAGGAAGAUCCAGAUGCUGCAUUCAACAGCUUGAAGAUUACAUAA